UUGGUUCCAUGUGUCAGCUGAUGCGACUCUCUUUAACUCCGCCCUCUCGGUUCGAGCAGGGACAGCGAAUCAAACAUAUCGGGAGGGGGGGAGUCGCAACAGCAGCAGCAGGAGAAGGAGGAGGAGAUCCUCAACUUGGCUCUCCGGAGUCGGUCCCCCCCUCCUGACGCGGUGCAGUCUUGAGCUGUCCACCGGACCGGUAUGCACUAUCCGCGGAGGAGGAGGAAGUGAGCCGAGCCGACCGUGAAAGAUGCAGACUGAGGACAUGGAGGUACCUAUCAUUAAUAACCUUAACGAUAACGGCGACAGACAGAGGCCGAAAGGGAAAGAUGUGUUCAAGGAUCAGCAGAAGGAGUCAGAGAGCUCCAUGGAGUCUCCAAACCUGGAGUUUGAGUACGGAGACACGGACACACUGACUGCUGAGCUCUCUGAGCUCUACAGUUACACAGAAGAGCCAGAGUUUGCCCUCAACAGAGACUACUUCGAGGAGGACUUCAGAAGCCAUGCUCGAGGCAGGCGGUGGAUCGAGCUGACGGUGGAGGAGCAGAGGGCGUAUGUAAUGAGGCUGCUGGACGCGCUGGAGGUGACGGACAGGGACAAGAGGCUGAAGGUGGCCAGGGCCAUCCUCUACCUGGCUCAGGGAGUGUUUGAUGAGUGUGACACAGAGGUGGAUGUCCUCCACUGGUCCAGGCACAACAUUUUCCUGCUGUACGACAUGGGCAUCUUCACAGCACUGCUGGAGCUGCUUAGCAUGGAGAUAGACAACAGCCAGGCGUGCAGCAGUGCCGUGAGGAAGCCUGCCAUCUCUCUUGCAGACAGCACAGAGCUCAGAGUCUUACUGAGCAUCAUGUACUUGAUGGUGGAAACCAUUAGAGUGCAAACAGAAGACGACCGACCUGAGUGGAUAGCAGCCAGAGAGGCCUUCAAGAAUGAGCUCGCUUCUCCUCUUUACAACGGAGAGCCCUUUGCUCUACUGCUUUUCACCAUGGUGACCAAGUUCUGCAGCAUGAACGCGCCACACUUCCCCAUGAAGAAAGUACUACUGCUGCUGUGGAAAACAAUACUGUUUACUUUGGGAGGUUUUGAGGAGCUCCAGGAGAUGAAGGUGCGACACCGGGAGCGUCUCAACCUGCCCCCACUGCCAGAGGACAGCAUCAAGGUGGUCAGGGCCAUGAGAGCGGCCUCGCCCCCGGCCUCCGCCAUGGAGCUCAUCGAACAGCAACAGCAGCAGAAGAGAGGCCGCCGCAGCCGCAGGAGUGCCUUUGUUGAUAGCUUGGAAGGAGACAGUCCUUUUCCCAAGAAGCAGCCCCUGGUCAAGCAGGACAGCUUGGACACGUACAACGAGCGAGACCCCUUUAAGAACGACGACGCCCGGGACGAAGAGGAGGACCCUGAGGACACGGACAGCGGUAUUGAGGGUGAGGUGGACCCUCUGGACCGCGACGUCAUCAUCCAACCGCCACCACCGCCACCUCCUCUGAGACCACCGACAGAGAGGGUCAACUUCCCCAAAGGUCUUCCUUGGGCCCCUAAAGUCAGGGAGAAAGACAUCGAGCACUUCCUCGAGACGAGUAGGAACAAGUUCAUCGGUUUUACUCUGGGGAAUGACACAGAAACCCUGGUGGGCUUACCCAGACCCAUCCAUGAGAGUGUCAAGACUCUUAAACAGCAUAAGUACAUGUCCAUUGCUGAAGUGCAGAUCAAAAGGGAAGAGGAGCUGCAGCAGUGUCCACUGACUCUGGGUGAAGAGGAAGUGGAGGACACAGCAGCAGAGAUGCUGUACCUGGGAAUGCUUCCCAACCUGUCACAGUAUGUGAUUGCCCUCCUGAAGCUACUGCUCGCUGCAGCUCCGACCUCCAAAGCCAAAACGGACUCCAUCAACAUCCUGGCUGAUGUGCUGCCUGAGGAGAUGCCUAUCACCGUCCUGCAGAGCAUGAAGCUGGGAAUCGAUGUUAACCGACACAAGGAAAUCAUCGUCAAGGCCAUCUCUGCUCUGCUGCUCCUGCUCCUCAAGCACUUCAAACUCAACCAUAUCUAUCAGUUUGAGAUUGUCUCCCAGCACUUGGUGUUUGCCAACUGUAUCCCACUCAUCCUCAAGUUCUUUAACCAGAACAUCAUGUCUUACAUCAGUGCCAAAAACAGUAUAUGUGUGCUGGACUUUCCCCAUUGUGUGGUCCAUGAGAUGCCUGAGCUUACAGCUGAGAGCCUGGAAGCCGGAGACAGCAGUCAGUUCUGCUGGAGGAAUCUGUUUUCCUGCAUUAAUCUGUUGAGAAUCCUGAACAAGCUGACCAAGUGGAAACACUCGAGGACCAUGAUGCUGGUUGUUUUCAAGUCUGCCCCCAUCUUGAAGAGGGCUUUGAAGGUGAAGCAGGCCAUGAUGCAGCUCUAUGUUCUCAAACUGCUCAAGAUUCAGACCAAGUACCUGGGCCGCCAGUGGAGGAAGAGCAACAUGAAGACCAUGUCGGCGAUCUACCAGAAGGUCCGGCACAGGCUCAAUGAUGACUGGGCCUAUGGAAACGGUAAAUAGCAGCUGGCAGAAGCAGUAUGCGGGGAUUUGUUGAAACAGGGAUUUUCUGCUUACAUUUUGAAAAUAUCACGAAACCCCCCCCAAAAAUCUGAAAAUACUGGCCAAUC